AGUCAACUCUCUGGUCUCUGUCUCUGUCUCGAUCUCAAUGGAUGAGAUACAGCACAAGUUUGUUGAUGUACGAGGAGUGAAGCUUCACAUUGCUGAGAUCGGAACUGGCUCCUCAGUAGUUAUGUUCAUACAUGGAUUUCCAGAGAUAUGGUAUUCAUGGAGAUAUCAAAUGAUUGCUGCUGCAAAUGCUGGAUAUCGAGCAAUUGCGCCAGAUUUACGAGGCUAUGGAUUAUCCGAUCCUCAUCCUCAACCCGAAAAGGCGUCGUUUAAUGACUUUGUGGAGGAUGCCAUUACUAUCCUUGAUCAUUUUCAAAUUCACAAGGCAUUCCUGGUUGGAAAAGAUUUUGGUUCCUGGCCUGUUUAUUUGCUGUCUCUUUUCUACCCAGCUAGAAUAUCCGGAGUCGUAUCACUAGGCGUGCCAUUCUUCAUUCCGAAUCCUCGGCGAUACAAGGAGCUUCUUCCUGAAGGUUUCUACAUUUCCAGGUGGAAGGAACCUGGAAGAGCUGAGGCUGACUUUAGCAGAUAUGAUGUGAGAACUGUAUGGAAGAAUAUUUACAUUCUCUUCUCAAGAAGUGAAAUUCCUAUAGCAGAGAAGGACAAAGAGAUCAUGGAUUUGGUGGAACCAUCAGCUCCCCCACCCAAAUGGCUCACCACUGAAGAUCUUCAAAUCUACACAACUUCCUAUGAAAAAUCUGGUUUUGAUUCUCCAAUGCAAGUCCCUUACAAAGGGUUGCCAGGAGAAUUCACACUGACUGAUCCCAAGAUUCACGUUCCGGUGCUGCUGAUAAUUGGCGGAAAAGACUACUUCCUUAAAUUCCCAGGAAUUCAAGACUACAUAACAACUGGAAAAAUGAAGGAUUUCGUUGGCGAUUUAGAGAUGGAGAGUAUGCCAGAUGGUACCCAUUUCAUUCAAGAGCAAUUCCCCGAUCAGGUGAAUAAGCUCAUCACCGCCUUCUUCGAGAAGCAUACCUGAUUACAGCAGUUUGUUCAAAUAAAUUGAACCAUUUUGAGAGACUAAACCAAAAAUUAUUCGCAAGAUGAACAAAAAUUAUGAAGUGAUAUAUAUAGGUCUGUAUCCGUCCAUACCCAUCUUCGUAUUUGUCUCUCUUUCGUUUUCAAUAAUUUGACAUAGUGUCAUCCUUCUUUUUA